AGAAAAAAGAGUUUCGUCUAUCCCAAUGGUCAUUUUAAGUGAUGGUAGUGGGGAUGAGCAGUCCCCCUCAUUCCAAGAACAAACCGCAGGUUCGUUUCUCCCAAGCCUAUUUAAUAGUAGAGAACAAGAACAGAUUACAAAUAAUUCUAAAGUUGUGGGGGAGUUCUGUGUUUAAGAUAAACGUCUUAAUGUUCGUUCUACAAACACAUUCGAGUGACUUACCUGCUGCAUCCUCAGGUUGUCAAGGUUCAGAUGGGGAAGUUGCAAUUGUUUUGCAAAAGUCAUCACAUUUUUCAGACAAGGUAUGUCUCAAUGCAUGUUAAUCUUAAUCAAUGUUCGAAUGUUCAUUUAUCUGAAUGGACCUUUGUACAAUAAUAAACGUUGCAAAGUUAUGAUUGCAAGCAGCGUUCUGUGUUAUUCCAAGGCCACAUUGUUCCAUAUGAGGAAACCAGUCUAAGCUAGAAUUAAACGUCGGCUUAGGGCUCGUGACGUAAACGCAAGGUGACAAUUUUGUGCUAUAUAGGGGGAACUUUUUCUAAUAAUUUCCACUGCUACAUUUGACACUAUGGAGAAUGCCACUGUUUAGGCUAGCAUGCAUACAUCUUGUAACAGGACCUUGUACCCGUUAUGUGCCUCAAAGCUGCAAUAACGUGAGGAUCGUUAUUUUGUCGUGAAUCAGCUGACACCAUUUGCAUGGAAGCGCACACAAUGUUAUUACCGCAAUAUUUGCAGAUGGACUGCAAGGUUCCCUUUUUUUAAUUUAAUUAAUUUAAUGUAACUGUUAUUAUAAUUUUUUAUACACAAAGGAGGAUGACAAGACCACGAAGCAAUUGGAAGUUCUUAUCUCUGAUUCUGGUAGUGAAGAUGAACGGAUUUAUCAGGAGGCAGCGGUACCGUCACAUGCCCCCGAGCAUACAGGUUUGUCUAAUUUCUUAGCACAUACACAAGACCGUUUAUUAUGGCUUUUGGCUUUGGGACUUGUUUAUGUAAUCUCCAGUAUGAUUGUAGGAAUACAUUUUGUUCCAGCCUUACUACUUUCCUUUUGUGUUUGCAGAUCCAGAGGUUACACCUCCUACUGUACGAAGCACAAAAUCAACAAAACCCUCCAGUUCCAUGCUAUACGGCCAUGACAAAGAUCUGCCAAUCCUUGAGACUGGUAAGAAGGAACGCUAUACAGUAAGGGAGGCGGCUAAAAGACUGCUCAUGGAACAAGGAGAAAAAUGUAGGAAAACUCCUCUUCGAGUGCGAAGGAACCUGUCCUUUCUUGUAGAUGUCAGUAAAUAUAAAUGUUGGCAAGAUGUCAAGAGCGAUAUGAAUGGAGUUUAUUCGGAGACAUUGCGAAUCGCUACCUGGACAGUGGAAGUAGAUAGAAAUGACCAAGUACAAGUAUUGGAGAAGAAGAAAGUAGAAUUAGCCAGUGAUAACGAAUAUCACAUAUAUGUCCAUUCGACGAAGAACAAAGCUGGUCUCUGUCGUUCGAUAUUUCUUCUUUUUGACCGGGACGAGGAAGUUGUUAAUUCUGCGUGUUUGCUUCAAUAUACACUAACAGAUAAAGAUUGCGAAGAGGUUGAUUUUGAGGUUCCUGCCCAUGGCAACAGUAAAAGUGGUAAAAGGCCAUUCUACCCUACCCGAAAGAGUACUAUGGAGGCGAUCAAGGGUGAACUUGCUGCAAGUUCGGCAUCUGUGACGUUGAAGAAAGUUUCAGCCUCUGCAGGUGGUAUCCUAGGGGCUCGUGAACCCGGAGAGUUGCCGAGGUCAAAACAACAGCUUUACGACCUGAAAAACAAGAUGAAAAAAGUAGAUCAAGUCGACGAGCUCUUGCAAUAUGCAAAACAUCGUGAAGACCCAAUCGUGCUUGAGCACCAUGAUUUUCCAGAGGAUCUGUGGGUACUUGCCAAACCACAUAUGAUAGCGGACCUAUCGAGAUUCUGCACUUCCGAGAUACUAAGUCACCCUAUGAGCGUCGACCCCACCUUUAACUUUGGAAAAUUUGAGGUUACGCCGUUCACGUACAAGCACUUGUUCUUGAUAUCCAAGAGAACAGGCAAAGCCCCAGCUUUUGUAGGACCAACAGCAAUCCACUACAGCAAGCAAAAGAGUGUUUACAGCAAGAUUGUCCACGCUGUAGCUUCUAACACACCAAGUCUUGCUGAUAAGGGAAAGGGAUUCAUUACAGACGGAGAAGAAACACUGUACUCAGCCUUAAGAGAGGUUAUGCGCCACGCAACUGGGUUAAGAUGUUUCCGACAUUUUUACCAAAACUGUAAGGACAAGCUUCACAAGAUGGGGAUCCACAAAAAGCAAAACCAAAAGUUCUUUCUUGAAGUGGUCUUUGGAAAGGGUGACGACUCAGACGGUAUCCUAGAUGCGAAAGACAAAAAAAGAUUUGAAGAACCGCUUGACGGAAGCAAAAGAAUCACUGGACAAAGAAGAAGAGAAGCUAACUGGGGGAAAGCUCCUGAGUUUUGGAACUAUAUCAAGGCUCGUAAGAAAAUGAUGAAAAAUAAUAUGAUAGCUACAGCAAGACUCAAGGCUGGUAUGCCUCUUGACACAUCAGGUACGCCUUUGAAAAGCUACACCAACCAAUCCGAAAGCAUCAAUAACAAAUUAACGCGCCAAAAGGAAGCCAUGGAAAAAACCGACAAAAGUAAAGUCGACUUGACAAAGCUCCAGUUUACAAGAGAUGUCUGGGAGCAGGUAGAUAUGCACCAACAAGAAGAACUGAAGUUAGCCAUAUGUGGGUUAAGUGAGGAGUACGAACUCGCAGACCUCGUAGCUCAUCUGGCCGUUUCUCCGGAAAAAUGGUUCAACAUGAACCGAAAUCAACGAGCCGACUACGUUGUCAAAUUUAAUAGGCUGUCUGUUGAAGAUGCUUUGAACGGAAAAACCAUAGUGAUAGCCAAUUUACCCGACACUGAGCCAACCGAGUUCAACGAGUUCUCCGUUGAUGUUGCAAGCAUAUUGAAAUCCAUGGAGAACUGGACAAAUGGCUUAGUUGAUACCAUUGUCCAGGCUGCAGAGGCACUACUUAAUUGCAAAGACGCCAUUCAAACAAUGCCAUCGUUAACGGUCGCGUCAAGAAAGAAAUUUCUUGUUGGAGCUCAGAAUUGCAAGAAAGGGAUGUACGAAUGCGCAGUGUACAGUGAUCAUGUAACUUGUGCUUGCUCUUGUUACAAGUUCAAUAAACUCUGCAAACACAGCUUAAGCGUUGCCGAGAAAACAGGUAUGAUUAAGGAACAUUUAGAUUUCCUUCGAAAAACAUCGAGGCGUAAGGCUCCUUCUAAGAGUGCACUCAUCGAACCAUCAAAGGAUGCCCAAGGCAAGAAAGGUGGCAGUCACAGAAAUCCCUGGAGACCAAGUCGCGCCAAGUCCACAGACGACACAAACCAGCGGCCAUAUACUGAGAUACACCACAACAACAAGCCUCUAGUUCUCUGCUUUUUAGAGGAUAACCCUAAAGCAAAGGAGUGUAGACAGUGCCAUAUUGAAUUUCCGAGACGGAAAAAGAUCAUACCUUACGAUGUGGUACUGUCACAUGAGGAGAAGUGGUCGUAUCCAGAUCCCAAGGAGCCAGGCCGCAAACUGCCAUCGACAAAGUACACGACAAAGUACUACUGCGUAAAUGGCACUUGUGUUAAGAGCAGAUUUCCAUAUUACGAUCCCUCAUUACUGCAAAUACCCCUGAGGUCAACUCCCGUCUUCAAAGGUCGCACUUUGACCUCCUGAUAAGGGAAAUACACUUAGAAGCGGAAAGCGCUACUUCCGGCGCUACUUCGACUUGAUUUGAAGAAAGAUGGUUUGCACUUGCGGAAAUUAGUUAAUUGGUAACAUUUCUUAGAUUUCAUUAUUACUGUAUACCAGCAGAGGCAUAUAAACUUCUGAUACCAGUUAAAAUCCAAACAAAUUCCAGGGGAGCAUGUUUCCCGAGCCCCCUCGGGAAGCUUGCGCUUUUGCGCUUGUUUAGGAAAUGGGUCAGCAUUUAUCCUAGAUCCGCGCCUGAAGUCGUUAACUUUAAAAGAAAAAGCAUGACAGAAGCCAAACUGAUGUCUACAAAAACUGAAGUAGGAAAGUGCUAAUGUGUUUGCUGUAAGUCUGUAAGAGCUACAGUCUCAGUCAAAAUGGUUGGGACACUUUGGGGUCUCCUUGUCCCCUCAAUGUUGGUGUACAAGAUGUGGUGACCGAACCGCCAUGAACAACUAUUUUUGUCUGAGACUGUAGUAAGGAUUUCUGUCUCUGCUAUAUUUAUGACCACAAGAAGAACGUUGUAAGUCACCGGAUAUCACUAGUACAAAGCUCAAUUAGUGCUAACAAAACAUAAAUUACUGAUUUAAAGCAACCACUUAAAGAUGUACCAAGAAAGCAAUUUAACCAUGAAAUCUUCAUCCACGAUAUACUACGGAAGAGUUCUGUUGAGAGCAAGUAUACUCGGUUAUAACAGAUGGUUUCUUGGUUUAUUGGAAACAAAAACUUGAAUGGAAGGAUAAGUUUCGUUAUAUUUCGUUAAUCAUUAUAUAUUUCAUAUAUUUUAACAUAUAUUUUUUGUUUUUUUGAUACAGUUUCGUUAUCUGUUAUGUACAAUUUCAAUCUCUACAAGGACUGCAUGGGAAUGUUCUAAAUGAAAAGUUUUCAGGAUCUCAAGUAGAAGCAAAUUAAUGCCGCCUAAUUCUCUGGAAUAUGCAGCCGUCCGCUGUCUUACUAAUUAUUUAAAUGUCCUGCGAUCUGUCGUUAUUUAACAUUGGAUUGGGACGCGAUAUUUUCGAUGUAGUCCAGUUCCUGUUUAUAACGACUAGUAAAAGAACAACAGCUUUACUUCUAUGAACAUGGUUUUUCCACUAAUGUAGUAACGCAAAAGUAACAAAUAACUUAAUGGAAACAGCACUGAAGAAUGGGCAAAGCGGCCGUUUAAGUGCUGACAGACUGCAAUUUCGUGGUUUUCAAUGUUGUCGUUGUUGCUGUUCAUUUACUGAUGUUUUACAAUUUGCCGCUCCGGUUGUACCAAGUAAUUGUGAUUUUUAGUCAGCUGUUUAGUCGCUAAUAAAGAUGAUGUGUGAUGUAUUCACGAAAAUUGCAGGGCCUUCCGAAUAAUCUCCUUCACACUACUAAAACUACUCAGUCCAUAUAUUUUAUUUCGCUUUACAUUUUUAAUUAUAUUGCAAAACAACACUUAAGGGAAAAGAUAAAAAAAAAAGAAUGGGGCAUUCCAUCACGCAAUCAUGGAUCCUAGACCAACAAAGGAAGCCUGCGUUUGACUGCUGCCUUUUCUUGUUGCUCAGUCCAGCAAUAGCUAUAGAUAAACGUCAAACGACCAAAAAAAAGCAAAGUCGGCAC